CUGAGCGCCGGACCCCCGCACCCCACGGGACCCCCCGAACCCCCCCAAACCCUCCUCGAACCCCCUGGACCCACCAUGCAGGACAGCGUCGACCCCCACUGUGCCCUGGGUCCCGCCGUGGCCAAGGUGGAGCUGGAGGAGAUGGAGGCACCAGGAUGUGCCAGCUCAGUGUGGCCGGUGGUCCCCAAGGUGGAGGUGACCCCUGAAGGUGAUGGGGACAGUCUGGAGGACCCGGAGCUCCACAGCUCAGGGCACUGGCUGGUGCGGAAGGUGAAGGUGGAGGAGGAGGAGGAGGAGGAUGAGGCCUGGGCAGCCGGAGCCGAGGCCCCACUGGCUCCACAGCCCCUUCCUGGCACCAUCCCCUCUGAUCCCGCCGGGACGCCGGGAAUCGCCGGUGCCUGCAAAGCGGAGGAGCCGUGCCCGGAGGAGCUGGGGUAUGGGGUGCUGCCACCCUGGGGGCUGGGGCAGCGCCUGGAUGGCUCCGAGAUCGGGAUCGGCUUCGGCGCCAGGAUCGAGAUGGGCCCCGGGAUGGGGAUGUGCCCCGGGAUGAGCCCCGUUCCCCGGGGGCACGAGCGCCGCUCCCAGCCCGCCCCGCGGCCCUUCUCCUGCUCCCAGUGCGGGAAGGCCUUCGGGAAGAAGGCUCACCUGACGCGGCACCUGCGGGUGCACACGGGCGAGCGCCCCUUCCCCUGCCCCCACUGCGGGCGCCGCUUCCGCCAGCGCAUCCACCUGCGCUCCCACCUGCGCACGCACACCGGGGAGCGGCCCUACCCCUGCCCGCGCUGCGCCCGCCGCUUCCGCAAGAAAACCCACCUGGACCGGCACCUGCGCACCCACACCGGGGAGCGGCCGCACCCCUGCCCGCGCUGCGCCCGCCGCUUCGCCCACCGCCAGCACCUCCUGCGCCACCUGCGCCUGCACGGGGAGCCCGCCCAGGGACACCGGGACGGGCACGGGGAGGUGCCCCCCGAGGAGAAGCCGCCGCCCUGCCCGGGCUGUGAGACGAGCCUCACCUGGAAGCAGAGCCCGGCUUCGCACCCGCGGCUGCACGCGGGGCCGGGGGCCGGGAACGGACACUUGGAUGGGCACCGGGAUGAGGACGGGGACGGGGAUGGCCCUGCCGAGGAGAAGCCCCUCCCUUGCCCCCCGGGCGGGACGAGCCUCAGCUGGAAGCAGAGCCCGGCGCCACACCUGUGGCACCACCUGGAGAACCGACCCCUGGGCUGUGCCGAGUGCGGCCACGGCUGCGCCCAGGACCCCCAGCACCCACUGCAGGCACCCAGUGCCCGGGACCCCGAGCACCCGCCACAGGUGCCCGGUGCCAAGUGUGGCCAUGGCUGCACCCAGGACCCCCAGUACCCGGCACAGGCGCCCAGUGCCCGGGACCCCCAGCACCUCCUGCAGCCCCCACAGGUGCCCGGUGUCCAGGACCCCCAGUGCCUGUCGCAGGUGCCCGGCACUGAGCACCCCUUCACCCACCACGUGUCCCAGGUGCCCCCCGCCCAGCGCCCCUUCGCCCAGGACCCCCAGCCCACCCCGCAGGCGCCCCCCGCCCAGCGCCCCUUCUCCUGCCCGCAGUGCGGGCGCGGUUUCGGGCGCAAGGCGCACCUGGCGCGGCACCUGCUGGUGCACACGGGCACCCGGCCCCACGCCUGUGCCCGCUGCGGGCGCCGCUUCAGCUCCAAGACCAACUUGGGCCGGCACGAGGCCGUGCACACAGGGCUGCGGCCCCACCACUGCGCCCGCUGCGGCCGCGGCUUCACCCGCAAGACUCACCUGGAGCGCCACGAGCGCACCCACACCGGCCCCUUCCGCUGCGGCCAGUGCGGGAAGGGCUUCCGGCAGAAGCAGAGCCUGGUGACGCACGAGCGGAUCCACACCGGGGAGAAGCCGUUCCGGUGCGGGGACUGCGGGAAGAGCUUCAGCCAGCGGCCCAACCUGCUCACGCACCGGCGGGUGCACACGGGCGAGCGGCCCUUCCCCUGCGCCCAGUGCGGCAAGAGCUUCUCGCAGAAGGCCAACCUGCUGGCCCACCAGCGCAUCCACGGCGCCCACCCCGAGGAGGGCAAGGCGCGGGCGCGGCCGGCGCGGGGCUGCGCCGAGGACACGCCCUUCGUGUGCCCCGAGUGCGGGAAGAGCUUCCGGCAGAAGCCCAACCUGAUCACGCACCGGCGCAUCCACACGGGCGAGCGGCCCUUCUCCUGCUUCCUGUGCGGCCGCAGCUUCAACCAGAAAACCAACCUGGUGACGCACUACCGGGUGCACACAGGUGAGCGGCCCUUCGCCUGCGCCCAGUGCGGGAAGCGCUUCACCCAGAAAACCAACCUGGUCACGCACCAGAGCACCCACACCGACCUGCGCCCCUUCCCCUGCGCCCAGUGCCACAAGUGCUUCAAGGACAAGGUGUCCCUCAAGGCCCACCAGAAGACGCACGUCCCCCGCCAGCGCCGCUGCCUCGACCCCCCCUUCGCCCCGCUCCCGCCCGCCCCGAAGGCCCCCGAGGGCACCGAGCUGUUCCCCUGCGAAGAGAAGGGCUUCCCCCCCCCGCCCCCGGGCGAGCCCCCCUUCCCCUGCGCCCACUGCAGCGACGGCUUCUGCCCCAAGGUGCCCCUGCUGCGGCCCCCCGAGGCGCCCCCCAACUUCUCCCCCGGCCCCCCCCUCCUGGGGCCCCCGGGGGCACAGCCGGGGCUGGGGGACGCCACGGCCCCCCCCGAGAAGCCCUUCAUCUGCAACCAGUGCGGGAACAGCUUCGGGCUCUGGCUCGCCCUCGUCGCCCACCAGAAGAGCCACGCGGGGCACAAGCCGUGCCCCGGGGCCCCCCCCGAGCCCGGUCCCGGUGCGGAGCUGCCCCCCGGGUCCCCCCCGGCGCGGGCGGGCGAGGCCCGGCCCUGGCCGUGCCCCGAGUGCGGGCGCAGCCUGGCGCAGUGCGAGCGGCUGCUGCGGCACGGGCACGGCGCCGGCGGGCGCGGCCCCUUCCGCUGCGACACCUGCGGGAAGCGCUUCAGCCUCAAAACCAACCUGGCCACACACCAGCGCAUCCACACAGGUGAGCGGCCCUUCACCUGCGGCGUCUGCGGCCGCCGCUUCAACCAGAAGGGCAACCUGGUGACGCACUACCGGGUGCACACGGGCGAGCGGCCCUUCGCCUGCGCCCAGUGCGGGAAGCGCUUCGCGCAGAAGCCCAACCUGCUGGCCCACCAGAAGACCCACCUGGGCCGCCAGCCCUUCACCUGCCUCGAGUGCCCCAAGCGCUUCAAGAGCAAACUGUCCCUGCGGGUGCACCAGCGGGUGCACGCGGGGCCCCCCGGCACGGCCCCCGGCGCCGCCGACCCCGCCGGGGCCCCCUUCCCCUGCGGGCCCUGCGGGGAGGCCUGCGGCGAGCACGGGGGGCCGCCGGCGAACCCGCGCGGGCGGCCCCACUCCUGCCCCGAGCAGCGCCGGCCCUGCGCCGAGCACCAUCGCCCCUGCACGGAGCAGCACCGCGCCUGUGCCGAGCAGCUGCACGCCUGCGCCAAGUGCCCCUGCGCCAAGCGGCUGCACCCCUGCCUCGAGCAGCCCCGGCCCUGCGGCGAGCAGCCCCACGCCUGCGAGCGGCCCCACGUCUGCGAGCGGCCCCACGUCUGCGAGCGGCCCCACGCCUGUGCCGAGCAGCCCCACGCCUGCGAGCGGCCCCACGGCUGUGCCGAGCAGCUGCACCCCUGUGCCGGGUGUCCCCACGCCUGCGCCGAGCGGCCCCACGCCUGCACCAAGCAGCCCCACGGCUGCGCCGAGCACCCCCACGCCUGCGUGGAGCAGCCCCGCGCCUGCGGCGAGUGCCCCCACGCCUGUGCCGAGCGCGCCCACCCCUGCGAGCAGCCGCUGCCCUGCGCCGAGCAGCCCCAGCCGUGCCCCGAGUGCCCCCACGGCUGCGCCGAGCGGCCGCACGCGUGUGCCGAGUGCGGGAAGCGGUUCCGGCAGAAGGUGAACCUGGCCGUGCACCUGCGCACGCACACGGGGGAGCGCCCGUUCCGCUGCGCCGACUGCGGCAAGGGCUUCAGCCAGAAGGCCCAUCUGCUGCGGCACCGACGCACCCACGGCGCCGGCCUCGCGCCCGCCUGCUCCGCCGGGGACCCCCUGGGCAAGGGCCCGGAGCCCCCGGCCCUGCUGCUGCCCCCCUGCUCCCGCGGGGCCCCCCCGGCCCGGCCCGACAGCCCCUCGGGCGCCGCCGACAUCCUCCUGCAGCUCAUGCAGGACGAGCACCCCCCGGGCCCCGGAGCCCCCCCGGUGCCCCCGUGCAAGUGCCCGGGGGAGGGUCCGGGCCCCAGGGCGCCGGGGCUGCCCCCCCCGUGCUGCUGUGCUGCCUGCCUGGCCCCCCGCCCCCCCGAGCCCCCCCGGGGGCAGCUCUGGGCCAAGGCCGGGGGCUGCGCACGGGCCUUCGAGGAGAAGCACGUGCCGGGAAUGCCGGGAACGCCGGGAGCGCCGGAGCAGGAGCACAUCGAGGAAAAACCAGCCCCGUGUCCCGGCUGUCUGUAA